CGUGUUGGUACCGCCUCCUUAACCAGCGUUGUAAACAAACCCUGGAUAAUAUUGGAAGUUUGUCCCCGCACCACGAAAAUAUCCUAUCCUUAAAAAAAUUAGUCGGAGUAGCUAUAGUUCUUUUAAAAUUGUAACUACAAAAUACACGAAACGGUUUCAUCUCAGAGAAAAACUUGUUCCUGUUGUCAAGUGUGAGAAACCGAGAGAGAACAGCUGCAAGACGAUUGUUGUUUGUUUGGUUUGGAUCCGUCCGAUGGUUUCUUGCUGAAAAAGUGACAAAACAAGCUAUCCCCUACGAUUGAGCAAUUUACCGAUGCAGUUGACCUAUCCAACGGUAGUUUUCUGGUCACAUAUUCGUUAAAAUUAGGUCUUCCAUUGAACAUCCGAUAACUACGUUAGAUAGAAUGCUCUGUGUGCCAGAGAUGGUACCAUUCAGCUUGUCUGGGGAUGACAAAGAAGGACUUCAACAAAGCCAAAAUAGAAAAUGAUUGGAAAAGGCGCCUCUUUGCUGUUAAGUUAGAGAAACAUGGUGAAGCUGACAAAGGCUAAGACGUUCCAAGCGUACCUAGACUCGUGCCACCGCAGGUACAGCUGUGUUCACUGCCGAGCACACCUGGCCAACCAUGAUGACCUCAUCUCCAAGUCUUUUCAGGGUAGCCAGGGUCGUGCCUACCUCUUCAACUCUGUGGUGAAUGUGGGCUGUGGUCCUGCCGAGGAGAGGCUGCUACUCACGGGGCUCCACGCUGUGGCAGACAUCUACUGUGAGAGCUGCCACACCACACUGGGCUGGAAAUACGAGCAGGCCUUUGAGUUGAGUCAGAAGUACAAGGAGGGGAAGUUCAUCAUUGAGCUGUCCCACAUGAUAAAGGACAACGGCUGGGACUGAGAGGUGAAGGGAGAUGUUUUCAUUGAUGUUUCGUCCCUCAUCCGUUGUUCUUCCUGGCCUGAAUGUGUGUCCCCUCACCCUGCGUAAGGGCCAUCAUCUCUGCCACUCCGUCACUUCAUACAGCUUUGCCAAGAAUAGCAUGUGAUGUUUGUUUUUAUAUAUAUAUCUAUAUACACACGGAGUAUUCCAAACAUUAGGAACACCUUCUUAAUAUUGAGUUGCACCCCUCCCUUUUGCCCUCAAAACAGCCUCAGUUCAUCAGGGUAUGGACUCUACAAGGUGUUGAAAGUGUUUCACAGGGAUGCUGGCCCAUGUUGACUCCAAUGCUUCCCACAGUUGUCAAGUUGGCUAGAUGUCCUUUGGGUGGUCGACCAUUCUUGAUACACACAGGAAACUGUUGGGCGUGAAAAAUCCAGCAGCGUUGCAGUUCUUGACACAAACCGGUGCGCCUGGCAUCUACUACCAUACCCCAUUCAAAGGCACUUAAUUAUUUUGUCUUGCCCAUUUACCCUCUGAAUGGCACACAUACACAAUCCAUGGCUCAAUUAUCUCAAAUCCUUCUUCAACCUGUCUCCUCGCCUUCAUCUACACUGAUUGAAGUGAUUUGAAUAAGUGACAUCAAUAAGGGUUCAUAGAUUCACCUGGUCAGUCUAUGUCAUGGAAAGAGCAGGUGUUCUUAAUGUUUUUGUAUACUCUGUGUGUGUGUGUGUGAUACAUGUAUAUAUAACUAUACACACACACUCGUAGGUUUUACAUCAAGUCUACCCCACUAUUACGGGAGCACCUUUUGUCAAUAUCGAUAUAUCCCAAUGUUUAGUUCUAUCAUGGUAGAGAAUAAGCGAGUACAGGCUGUGUCAGUGCCAGUGAGUGUGUGAGCGCAAGCAAGAGUUUAUAUACCCUCGGGCAUGUGUGAGUUGUGUGUUUACGAGUGUGUGUGUGUGUUGCAGUGCGACCACCUCCUUAGCAACCUCACUAAAUCCUACUCAUGUAAUCCGUGCAUCUGUGUGGGAUCGUAGUCAGACAAAAAACUAAAUUCUCUCUCAUUAAGUGCAAUUCACAGGGUUGAGACAAUUAGACUGUUAUGCAAAAACCUAGCGCCCUCAAGGCUGUUCUCUUUUUUUCAUUUUUUUUAGGUGAAUGUGUGAAAAAGCAAGUUACCUUGCUUUGCGUGUGUGUGUUUUAAGACUUCAUACUUAAUGUUUGAUGGUUCAAGCAGAGUUGGAAAAAAGUCAUUACGUUUAUCUCAAAUGGACUAUCAAGUGCAAUAAAGUAGGGUGUGAAUGCGCCUGGUUAAAGUGUCAGCAAUAUAACAUUGGUCAUGUUUUUUAAUCCUUUAAAUGACAAUCAAUGUAUUCAGUUGUUAAUGAUGUUAAAGGCUGCAGCAUUACACAGUUUGUAAGUGUUUCUGUGUGAUUGGCCCGUGUGAGUUUGAAUACUGUGUGUAAAUGUUUGGCGUAUGGGUAUUUUCUCUGUAUUCUGCCUGUGGGUAUGCAUUUUAUGGUUUGUGUGUGAGUGUUUAUACUGUGUGUAUGCAGUGUGAGUGUACAGUGUAAGUUUGUAUGAUCAGAUGCAGUACUUGUUAGAUAGACUGUUAGCAAAUGCUUUAGUUUGGGGGUGAAAUCUAUUGUUUCUGAUGUGUAAUUGGAUAUCCAUUUUUACGUUAUUUCCUUUUGAGAUCAAUCUUGUAAAUACAGCUUAACAUUGAGCAGCAUGUACAUAAGCAUUUAUUUGAUGAUAUAAGAGAGCAGUGUGUAAUAUCAAAAAGGAUGAAUAUAUCUAUAAUUAUGUAGCAGAUUGUGACUAUGUAAGCUUUUCCAUUAAAAUGUUUUAUUUUAACCUGAACUCGCACAUUAAAGUAUGUGGUAAAUA